UGCAGUGCGCGCCGGCGCACGCGCGGUGGCGCGAGGCGCCGCGGCGGCCGGCGGCGGUGGGGGCUCAGCGGCGCAGGCGCGGUGGUGUCGGGGGGACUCCCGGGCCCGGGUGCUGCUGUGCUGCCGCCGGAGGAGCAGCAGGAGCAGGAGGAGGUUCCGUCACGCGGUGCCGGCGGGCGCGGGGCUGCGCGUGGGGGAGCGACGCUCGCCGGGGCAACGCAGGCGGGCAGCGGCAGCGCGGGGUCAGAAGACUGUGCCAAAGACUUUUACUCAGAUGACAUCACGUUUGGACUACUAAUGCUACCCACCCACUCUACAAGGCACAAUGUAUUUCUAGAUAAUUUAACAUAUGUACAGAGAAGCUCAUUCUUUCAUUUGCAAAAUCUUCUGGAAGGUUAUUUGGAUGUUGUAUACUGAACGUCAGUGAAACUAGUUUGGAAUUUGUUUCCUUCAGAAGAGGACGUCUAACUCCACAUUGUUCUUCGCAGGAACCAGGUUCUGUUCCUAAAUCUCAUACUUUAACAAGUCCCAAAGUGUAAAAGGCAAGCGUACAAAUGUCUACCACAAGACUAAAGUGUGAUAUGUUAUGUUUUUUACCAUAAGCACCCAUAAAAUGAGCUCCAUUGCAGACAGAAAUGAUGGAAGCAUUUUUGAUGGGCUGGUGGAGGAAGAUGACAAAGAUAAAGCAAAAAGAGUGUCUAGAAACAAGUCCGAAAAGAAACGUCGUGAUCAGUUUAAUGUACUUAUCAAAGAGUUGGGUUCCAUGCUUCCAGGUAAUGCUCGGAAGAUGGAUAAAUCCACUGUGCUGCAGAAGAGCAUUGACUUUUUACGGAAGCACAAAGAAAUUACUGCACAAUCAGAUGCCAGUGAAAUUCGACAGGACUGGAAACCAACAUUCCUUAGUAAUGAAGAGUUCACACAGUUAAUGUUAGAGGCUCUUGAUGGUUUUUUUUUAGCAAUUAUGACAGAUGGAAAUAUAAUAUAUGUGUCUGAAAGUAUAACUCCCUUACUUGAACAUUUGCCAUCUGAUCUUGUGGAUCAGAGUGUAUUUAAUUUUAUCCCAGAGGGGGAACAUUCAGAAAUCUAUAAAAUAUUGUCUUCUCAUCUGCUGGAAAGUGAUUCCUUGACACCGGAAUACUUAAAAUCAAAAAAUCAGCUAGAAUUCUGUUGCCAUAUGCUGCGAGGAACAAUAGAUCCAAAAGAGCAACCUACGUAUGAAUAUGUAAAAUUUAUAGGAAAUUUCAAAUGUUUGAAUCACGUUCCCAACUCAGCGCACAAUGGUUUUGAAGGAACUAUUCAGAGAUCACACCGGCCUUCGUAUGAAGAGAAAGUUUGCUUUGUAGCCACAGUUAGAUUAGCUACACCUCAGUUUAUCAAGGAAAUGUGCACUGUUGAAGAACCCAACGAAGAGUUCACAUCUAGACACAGCUUAGAAUGGAAGUUCCUAUUCUUGGAUCACAGGGCACCUCCAAUAAUAGGUUAUCUUCCAUUUGAAGUUUUGGGAACAUCAGGCUAUGAUUAUUAUCAUGUGGAUGAUCUAGAUAAUCUGGCAAAAUGUCAUGAGCAUUUAAUGCAAUAUGGGAAAGGGAAGUCAUGCUACUACAGAUUCCUUACAAAGGGACAACAGUGGAUUUGGCUGCAAACUCAUUACUAUAUCACGUAUCACCAGUGGAAUUCCAGGCCAGAGUUUAUUGUCUGUACGCACACUGUUGUAAGUUAUGCAGAAGUUAGAGCAGAAAGACGACGAGAACUUGGUAUUGAGGAAUCUCUUCCAGAGAUAACAGCAGAUAAAAGUCAGGACUCUGGGUCUGACAAUCACAUAAACACAGUGAGUCUCAAAGAAGCACUGGAAAGGUUUGAUACCAGUCCCACACCUUCUGCUUCCUCCAGGAGUUCAAGAAAAUCUUCCCAUACUGCAGUAUCGGAUCAUUCAUCAACACCAACUAAAAUGACAGUGGACACUAGCACUCCUCCAAGGCAAGGCUUAUCAGGUCAUGAAAAGACUGCACAAAGAAGAUCAUCUCUGAGCAGUCAGUCUUUAAGCUCACAGUCUCUUGGACAACCAGUAACACAGCCAGCAAUAUCUCAACCUGCAGCUUUACAGCUCCAGUCUGGAAUGAGUCAGCCUGUGUUUCAGUUUUCAGCUCAGUUAGGAGCUAUGCAACAUCUAAAGGACCAGCUAGAGCAAAGAACACGCAUGAUAGAGGCCAAUAUUCAUCGGCAGCAGGAAGAGCUGCGUAAGAUUCAAGAGCAGCUUCAAAUUGUUCAUGGUCAAGGACUCCAGAUGUUCUUGCAGCAGUCAGCUUCUGGACUCAACUUUGGUUCUGUGCAGCUUCCUUCUGGAAAUUCUUCAACCGUUCAGCAGCUUACGCCAAUAAACAUGCAAGGUCAAGUUGUUCAGACUAAUCAGACUCAAAGUGGGAUGAAUACAGGCCACAUAAGUACUCCACACAUGAUACAGCAGCAGCAGCAGUCCCUGCAGAGCACUGCAACACAGCAUAGUCAACAAAAUGUACUUAGUGGACAUAAUCAACAGUCUUCUCUUGCCAGUCAGUCACAGAACACAGUCUCGGCACCUUUGUACAACACUAUGGUGAUUUCUCAGCCAACAGCAGGAAAUGUGGUGCAGGUUCCCUCUAGCUUACCACAGAACAACAACCAGAAUGCUGCUGCAGUAACCACUUUUACACAGGACAGACAAAUCAGAUUUUCUCAAGGUCAGCAACUGGUAACAAAACUUGUCACGGCCCCAGUAGCAUGUGGAGCAGUAAUGGUACCAAGUACUAUGUUCAUGGGACAGGUGGUGACAGCUUAUCCCACUUUUGCUGCCCAACAGCAGCAGCCACAGACUUUGUCAAUAACACAACAACAGCAACAGCAGCAGCAGCAGCAGCAAAGUCAGCAGGACCAUCAGCAGCAGCUCACCACAGUGCAACAACCAGCUCAGUCACAGCUGACCCAGCACCCCCAGCAGUUCCUACAGACAUCCAGGUUACUUCAUGGAAAUCAGUCGGCUCAGCUUAUUCUCUCUGCUGCUUUCCCACUACAGCAAAGCACUUUCACUCAGUCCCACCACCAGCAGCAUCAGUCUCAGCAGCAGCAGCUGUCACGACACAGAACUGACAAGAUGACUGAUCCUUCCAAAGUUCAGCCACAGUAGUGUGGGCACUGCCUCUUUUUGAAGCAAACUGCCAGCAGGGGCUGCCCCACAAACAGUUGCACUGAAGCUACAGAGGUAACAGUACGAAGGCUUUCUAGCACCAUGGUGUUGACAUCUACUUCUGACUUCUGGAAUUUAUUAAGAAAAGCCACAAGGUGGUGAUGGGGACAUGGCCAACUUUGAGAGUUGCCCCAGUUUCUGUGUUCUAAAGGAUUUGCUGCCAUGUUGUAAUUUGUCCAGGUGAAAUCUCCAAAUGUGACUGAAAUGAGAGUGAUGCUGAAAAUAUUGGUAUUUUUAUCAAUCCUGUACAUUUUUAAAGUAUUAAAACGGACAUGGAGCAAUUGUUUUGAAUUAGCAGGAAAAAAAUGCCAGAAAUAUAGUCCAAAACCAUCUAAUUUUUUUUUCAGAUGAUUGCAGGACAGUAAAUAUUUUGAAAAUGUUGUGUGAAAUCCAGUUCUCUGUUGUACAGAUGCUGUAAAAUAUUGUGUAUAUGUCUGCAUAAAAGGAGAAAGAGCAAAAUAUUUUAUAUGAUGCAUGAAAAUGUAAUCUGUUAUUUGUAGGUUUGAAUAUGUUUCCCUGAAUUCUCACACCAUACUCAGACUAAUGUUUUCCUCUGUUCUACCCUUUUGUUUACAACAUGAUGCAUCAUUAUUUUCACCCUUAA